UCCUAUGACGUAUUUCCGCUGUUGCUCCGCCGCUUAGAUUUUUACUUCAGUUUCUUAAACCAAAACUUAGCAAUUGCAUAUUUAAUUUUAAUUGGCAUAUUAAUUAUAAUUUGAAUGCUUUGUUCAUGAUCAGUGUAUGACAUGAAUACGAUAGCUUGCAGUUUAAAAAAUACCGAGUGACGAGGAGCGAGACGUUUCCAACGCGCCCUUUUGUCACUAUCGAGGAGGCACGUCCACAUUCUUGUAGCAACUUGUGUUUUUAGUGACUGAAGAUGAGAAGGUCAAAGGGAGAUGACGACGAUGGCAACAAUAGCCACCAUAAGGCCGCCACUGUCCGCAAGAGAGAUCAGAGGCGUGACAGAGACCAUGAUAAUUCUGGGAUGGACUCUGGAAAUCUGCAGGAUGAUGACGACCCAGCCAACAGACGAGAAAUACGGAGCAAAUACAGAGACUUGAUCAACUCCGUGCAACAGAAUAGAGAGGAUAUGUUAAAUCCUUCCAACAACAUGCUCACAGAGGUUUUAGAAGAAGCAAACAAACUUUUCAAAGAUGUACGUCAGGCCAGAGAAGCAGCUCUAGAUGCUCAGCUCCUAGUUGUGGCCACUGACCUCGGGAAAGAGAAAGCUAGUCAGCUGUGCGCAGAUGGUGCUGCUUUUGACCCCACUGCUUUUGCUGAGCGCCUUUUAAACUUCAUGGGGCUAAACCGGUUAGAGAAUAGAGAGGAUGAUCAGCAGAACGGAGGCGAGGGAUACCUGCCCGAUGAUGCGUGGGACAGAGUGGCCCGUAGAGCAGAGUGCUGCUUCAGAACUGCCCCAACUUUCCACUAUAUGUUGGGUUCAUUUCAUGCAGAGCCUCCUCCCCCAAAACAACGAACUGAAAGGCAAACAAGAGCACCAAACAAAGAAGCAAAAAGAAUUAUGCCAACUCAGCUUAAGAAAAUGGAAGAAUCUCACCAAGAGGCAACAGAAAAAGAGGUGGAGAGGAUCCUGGGAUGCCUAAAGAGUUAUUACCAAGAUGACCCAUCAACUCCAAUAUCAUAUUACGAAUUUGUCAUUGACCCCAACUCAUUUUCCAGAACUGUAGAAAAUAUGUUCCACACAUCUUUUUUAAUCAGGGAUGGUUUGGCUCGUGUGUAUUUAGAUGAUGACAAAUUGCCUUGUAUAGCUCCUGCAGAAGAAGACGGAAUGGAGGAUGGAGCAUCAACAAGUCGAAAACAAUGUGUAACAUCAAUUAGUCUUAAAACAUGGAAGGUAAGUACUUUUUAUAGAGAUCACUACACCCAGAUAUCAGCAUCAGCGGCUAUUAACUGGUAUUGUCAAUGUACAUAAUCUACGAAAGCUCUCCAAUUUAUCUCUUAUCUCUAUCUAUCUUAUAAUUCACAUUUUAUAGUGAACAUGCAUCAACAAAAAAGAAAAAAAAAAAAGAGGACAUUGGACAUUUUUGCUUGAAUUAUCGCAAGGGAACUGCACUCUGUUGGCCUCUGGUGGUAAAAUCUGUAUAUCACCAUAUGCUUGGAGCAUUGUGAUAAUCAGAUAAUAUUUUGGAAAUGGGAUAUAACAUGCCUUUAGAUUGAAUAACUUAGGUUUGACUAAGACAGACAAAUGUGAUGGGGCUUAAAAAUGACUCACAAAAGUUAUUGUCUACCCUUAUUCCAUUUUUAUUUUUUUAAUCAGCUCUUUUUUGCAACUUUAGUCAUAGUUUUUAUUUGCAUAUCUGCAAAAUAAGCCUCACAGUAUUGUCCAUAAUAGAGCCCGACCGAUAUGGAUUUUGUUGUGGCCGAUAUGAAACCGAUAUACUGGGAAUUGGAGCUGCCGAUAGCCGAUAUAUUUAGUGAUGUAAAAAUUCACUGUAAAUCUUGAAUUGUUUAAAAAACUUAGGUUUGGCUCUAGUGCAGGGGCGGGGAAACUUUCUGGCUCGCGGGCCACAUAAGGUCCUAAAGUUUGACUGAAGGGCCGGAUAGAAGAUAGGACAUAACGUGUUAAGAGCUCAGAUUUAUUACAUUCUUAUUCACAUUUAUCUAGGACUUCAGACGCGCGCUACACGUUCCAUCUCUGCUGUGAAAGAUCCAGAACACAUAAAACUGUUGAGACCUGUUCCACUGCACACCAUGAGUGAAAAUAUAUUGUGAGUUCACCAUUUUCAAAUAUGGCUGGUAACAGUUCAAAAAUAGAGCUCACACCGUUCAACCACAGAUACACAACUGUGAGUGCAGAAAAACCUGACUUCAAUAUGUUGUUCACAUUGACAACUACAUCUCAGAGACCACAGGUUUCCUUGAUUGAUUUUUACCAACCCAAAAUGGAAGCAGUGCAGUCUUAUAUUUUAAGCACCAACUACUUCACUCAUGGUCCGAAUAACUCCUGUAAGAACACUUUCCCAUAAAGCAUUGCGGCCAACAUAAUACGCCGCAACUCAAUGUAUGUAUGUAUGUAUGUAUAUAUAUAUAUAUGUAUAGUGCGCCAUCUACAGGGAAACGCUGGAAAUGCACGACAAAUAAAACAUCAACAAUGUUUAUUAUUGUAAUUUAUUCCAGUUCGGCGGGCUGGAUUAAAAGGUUAAAGGGCCGCAUACGGCUGUAUGCCCCACCCCUGCUCUAGUGGCUUCUAAAUUGGGUUUAUUUAGGCAACAUUUAUUGUUAUUCUGACUCUUUACAUCAUAUUUAUAUACAGUAGAUUGGCCUAAUGGCAUUUUUGCAUCACAUUCUAGCUACUAGUGAUGGGUAUUCCAGUUUUUUUUUUUUUUUUUUGGAGAACCGGCUCUUUUGACUCGGCUCACUAAAGCAGCUGGCUCUUUCGGCUCCCAAGCGACUCUUGAGAUUGUUAUGUUGCAAGCAGGACUAAACUAAACCAAAACUGAACCAGGACUAAAACAGGUUUAAACCAUGUGUAAAACAGGACUAAACCGGAAAUGAACCAGGACUGAGUGUCGGGACUCGGUCUCUCCCUCACUCGAGCCCAAGAUUAGUCUUGGUUUAUUCAUUUUAUGCAGCCAAAUAUGCACUUUUUUAUCCUAUGCACACGCAGAUUUCUGAAAGUUUCGUUUUCAGCCGCUGCUGCUGUCAAACUACGGGUCUACAAGCGGCUUGAAGAGAAAAAGUGAGAAAAAGAGAAAACACGGCUCCCAAUAAGAAACAUGCUCCCGUUGUUCGCUUCAAAGAGCCGGCUCUAAGAGCCACUUCGAUCGCGACCGACCCAUAACUCCUAGCUAGUAAAUAAACAAUCGCUAUUAGCCUUUAGCCGUAAAAACGUGCGCGCCGCGGUAAUUAAUAAUAUGCAUAAAUGUGGAUAAUUCACACGUCUAUUCACAGCUCAUUUACAUAUCAAUGCUGGUCCAGUAACAAAUAUACGGCCAAUACAGUCACUUUACAAUAGACCAAUAGAAGAGAAAACAGUCUGUUUAUGUGCGGGAGCUACAGCAGCUAAUCGCUAAUAACAAAUAGCGAAAACUAGCUUCAAAGUCGAUGUAUUUCCAACACUCACCGCUCAUACAGGCUCCUCCUCACAUCACAAGUCUGCACUAAUAAAAGUCCUUUUAAUCCAGACUCAAACCGAUUGUCCGUAAAAAGAAUAUAAUCUCAGUGUUGCGCACCGCUGCGGGUGUAAACAAUAAUGGGGGUGUGUUCAGGGAUAGUACGGACACAGACACAGACAAAUUACACCGCAGAUAAAUACUGAUGUGGAGCCACAUAUUAGGACAUUUAUCUGUCUGUAAAUUGGAUUAAAUCAGUGCUUCUCAAAUAGUGGGGCGGGCCCCCCUGGGGGGGCGCGAGGCUCCGUCAAGGGGGGCGCGUUUGACCUCGGGGAACAUGCUUUUUUAUUUUGAUUUUUUUUUACUGUCCUAGAAUAAAGUGCAAUUGCACUUCCACUACAUUAGGGGGGCAGUGGCGCUCUCAUUGGCAGAGUGUGCGCAGGGAGCAUUCGCUCGGUGGUGUAGGAGUUUUGUUUGCACUGAGCAUGCGCGCUUUGCACACAGCACAGAGUUUGAGUAUGAAGUGUAGACACGAAGUGUAGCAGAUCCUCAAGUGACACCAUGAAAAAAUAUUUAACAGAGAUGAGAAAACAGGCGGAGAGAGACGGAGAUAAAGAGACAAACGAAAAUCUCCCGAAAGCUAAGACGAGGAAAUAUGACGAAGUGUAUGUAGCGCUUGGCUUCACUGUGACUACGGUGGGAGACGAGGAAAGACCCGUGUGCUUACUGUGUCUAAAAAUGUUGGCAGCGGACAGCAUGAAGCCCAAUAAAUUAAGGCGUCACUUAAAUACAUUACACCCCAAUCACUCUGAUAAGCCGCUUGAGAUUUUUCAGCGAAAACGUGCCGAAUAUUGCCGACAAUCAUCCCGCUUUGUGACUGCUACUUCAGUACUUUUAUUCUCUUAUACGUUAAUAAGGAUACAGUGUUAUGCAGAGGUGUACUUAUAACAGUUUUAUAGACAAAUUAUACUAUUUAUAGUCACGCGGGGGGGCGCGAGAUGUUUUAUUCUUCCUAGGGGGGCAUGACAGAAAAUAAUUGAGAAGCACUGGAUUAAAUGAACAUAAUGUAGAGAGUCUAAGCUUUAUAACGAGGUAUAACAUGCCCACGUGAAAUAUCGGCCCAUAUCAGCAAGCAUAUCGGUUGAUAGCCGAUGUCUCCAGGUGCCCAUAUCGGUCAAUAAUAUCGGCCAUCCGAUAUAUCGGUCGGGCUUUAGUCCAUAAUUUGAUACAUUGCCCACCUCUACUUUGAAGUAUUGGAAUUACUGGAAACAUCAUGCAAUGUUUUACUGAUUGAUACAAAUGAUUAGAUAAGCAAAGCAAACAUAAUGUCGUAUGAUCUUUCAACUCUUUGCU